GGGGAGAUCCUCCCCUUCUCUCUGGAACAAAAGGAGCGGGAGAAGGUUUGAAAGGAGCGGGUUCGGUCAAUUCACCGAGAGGCCGCCGGACAGAGAGAGAAGCGGCUGCUCCGUGCCCGCGCUCUCCGCCCCCGAGGCCUCGGGCUUGUUGUGGGCCCUCACCCCCGCUCCCCCACCCCCCCGCUCCCCUCAGCCUGUGUCCCGGGCUUCAGGCCCCGGGUCCCGGGCUCUGGGCCAUGGCCAUGGAGGAGGAUGUCCUCGACAUGCUGGAAGCCCUGGGGUACAGUGGACCAUUGUUAGAAGAAGAAGCUUUCUUGAAAGCAGUUGAGGCUGGGCCAUCCUCUUUAGAAUUUACUGAACUUUGUGUGUGGUUAUCAUCACAGAUUAAAAUGUUAUGUAAUUUGGAAGAAAGUAUAAAUGCUACUGCCAGUGCCGAUGAUGUAGAAAGCUUUCUGCUGGAGAUUAAUGGCUUCUUAAAAGAGAUGUCUUGCCCCUAUUCAACGCUUCUCACAGGAGAUUUUAAAGAGAGACUAAAAAAGAAGGAAGACUGCUUAAAACUUCUGCUAUACCUGUCAUCUGAGCUUCAAACUGCUAGGAUCCUGCACUCUAAAUCUCCUCCAGUGUCGAAAGGUGAAAACAAUGAAGAAGUUCGGCAGGAAAUUAAAACUGUUUGUGCCACAUUGGGUUUGCCCUGUCCUGUAUCUGGUGUUGCUGAUGCACAUUUAUUUAAGAUUAUGGAGGAAAAGGUGAAAAAUGUUACUUCCAAAAUUCCCAAAAGCCAUGUGGGAGAACCAUUGCUGAAGCUAACACUAACUCCUGAGCAUUGGGAUAAGCUAAUGGCAAUAAAUGUUGCUCUUACUAAUGAGUAUGAGUGCCGCAGAAGAAUGUUGAUCAAGCGCUUAGAUGUAACCAUCCAGUCAUUCGGGUGGUCGGACAAAGCCAAGGCAAAUACAGAUAAUAUGGCAAAAGUGUAUCAACCAAAAAGGCACACUUUGUCCCUAGCAUCUACUGUAACUCUGGCACACCUUCUGGCUGCCCGUGAGGAUUUAUCCAAGAUCUUAAAGACCAGCAGUGGUUCCUUAAGGGAACGGACCUCCUGUGCCAUUAACAAGGUUAUGAUGGGGCGAGUGCCUGAUCGUGGAGGUAGACCAUCUGAGAUAGAAGCACCACCACCCGAGAUGCCACCAUGGCAGAAGAGACAAGAUGGAGGAAGAGGUGGUCGUGGUGGAGGUGGUUGGGGUGGUGGCCAAGGAGGUGCAGGUGGAAGGGGUGGUGGAGGGAGAGGUGGCCAGGGAGGAGGUGGCUGGGGGGGAGGGGGAGGAGGUGGCUGGGGGGGAGGAGGAGGAGGUGGCUGGGGGGGAGGAGGAGGAGCUGGUGGCUGGGGGGGAGGAGGUGGAUGGGGGGGAGGAGGUGGCCAAGGAAGUGGGGGUGGUUGGGGUGGAGGGGGUCAUGGAAGUGGAGGUGGUUAUGGAGGGAGAGGUGGCUAUGGAGGGAGAGGUGGCUAUGGCGAUAUGGGUGGUAGAGGAGGUUAUAGACGGUACUGAAUCUAUAUUAGAUAUUACAAUCUCUUGGUAAUGCUCAUAGAGAGAAUGGACUCUUCUAGUUAGACUCAUUAGUCACUGCAGCAACGUGUGAUGGUUGAACCUGCAACUGUAAAUGAUUACCUACUAAAUUGAAAAAGAAAUGCAACUUGCUGUUGUCCUUUAAGGUGGAUAAAUGUUGAAGAUUUUUUAUUACUGCUUAUGUAUACACAAACUAAGAUGAUAGAAAUUGUUUACUACAGGAAACAAAAAUGUCAUUUUUUUACAUGUUCAUUGCAACUUUUUUUUAUGAGAAUGUGAUUAAAAUUGUUUUACUGUGCAAAUAUUGGAAGGUUAUGAUGAGCUGUGAACAGUUGAGAACUUUUUUAAUAGAAAGAUUUUGGAUGUGUAGUGAAUAAAAAUGAAAUAAAGAAUUACUUGGAUUCUG